AUGUACAACGUCCAACAAGAGCUCCUCAUCCACUUCACAUCUGACGUUCAAGACAUACAGCUGACAAGAUUCCCGCAGAGUACUACGACGGAGUCCACGUUCCUGAGCACGAAUCGAGUCAAGAGCAUCGACGAAGCCUUCCACUCUCGUAUUCAUGUCACGGUCAAUUACCCGAGCCUGUCGACCGAAGCCAAGCAGCAUAUCUAG